AUGGCCCGAACUAAGAGGACAACUAGAUACACUAAUUCACACGGCUCCUCAUUUUAUGUGCCGGUGAGCGAGACAUCAGACCAGUCACCGGCUGUUGAAGGACCACAAAGCGGCUCUGUGGCCGCGAGCUCUGAGGAGGGGCCCAAGGUGGUCCCUUCGCACUUUACUGUUGACCUGGCCAGUCGGCAGUUGACCCCUGAAGAAGAAGAGGAUUCGGCCCCCUUAGGAGAGGGGAGGAGUCAGACUUUUCUGAUAUCAGCUCAGUUGGCAGAAAUUGAGGUUGAGCGGGCUGUUUCCCUUAGAGGGGCCGAGUUGCAAAUCGAGAUUCCUCACUUGAGACCCACUGAGUACAAGAGGUCUAGAUUGCCUAGGAACAGAAGAACUGUUAACCGUCCCUACGAUGGAGUUCUUUCCGGUAGUGCUGUUAGAGAGCGGUUGCUGCAGUUGGUUAACCAGACACCAUAUUAUACAACCAAGAGCUCAUAUGACUGGAUUAUGCAGGAUUUUUUAAGGGACAGUACAAAGGUUCAACAGUUGGUUGAGUUGUUUUACCAUGUAGUUUGUGCAGUUGAUGGUAUUGCAGGGGAGCGUGUGUCGAUGAGGGUUGAUUUGGAUUGUUCAAAUGGGCGCAAUACAAUUGGUGUGUUUACUCAUAAGAGUUUGUCAGUGCGGCCCUCAAAACCAGACUUGGUCGAGAUGGCCAAGUCUAUGAUCAAGGUUAUCCCUCCAGAGGAGAAGGACACGGUCAAGGGAGUCGGCACCCUUGACUUAGACGGCAUCAUGGGUCUCCUAUCUGAGACCCUGCUGCGAGUACACGGCCUCCGUAGGCCGAUUAACGCCAAGAAUAAAGAGGCGCAGGCCACUUCCACUAUCCGCGCUGAGCUGGAGGCGGCCAAGAAGAAGAACAACGAGCUGGAGCAGGCGGUCAAGAGCCUCAAAGAUGAGCUGCAGCCCCUUAAAAACAUCGCCCAUAAGGCUGAAGGUCUGCAGACGUCUCUUGACACACUCAAGGAACGCCUGGAGAAGCAGGAGGCGGCCAUCACCAAAGAUCUUAAUGCGAAGGCCGAGGCUGAAAAGAUGGCUUUAGCUCAAGCCAUGAUGGAAGACUCGGCUCAGAUCAUGAAGAUGACCUGGACAUCCCUCUUCCCAAAAGCUCACUAUGCUGCCUGGGAUAAGAAGUUCAACGCUUGUACUGAAGAGCACAACCGAAUGAUCAUGCAGCAGGCGGUUGGCGAAGAUGAGGCGGCCGACUCCAACUCUGAAGAGGAAGAAGAGGUGGUAGCCCUGCAGCCGAUUGAGGUGGAUGUGUCUAAAGAAGCUGCCCCUGAUGCCGAGACAAGUAAGAAGGAUGCUUCCAAGAACCAGGCGUCCCUUGUUGAUCAGGCAGCAGUCAAUACCGAAGCCCCGCCUCAAUCUUAAAGCUUUUAUGUCUUUAACUUUUCUUCGGCCUGCGUGCCGUUUAUUCUUGUAUCACUUUACCCGGCUAGGGGGCCGGGGUAUUGAAUAUUUUGCUGGUCUUUAUGGCCGGCUGUUUAUAUGAAUUCAGCGACCAUCUUUUGGUCAUCUUUGAUCA